GCCGGGGACAGUCUCUGAUGGUAUGAAGCUGGUUCUGGUCAAUGCCAUCUACUUUAAGGGAAACUGGAUGAACCGCUUUGAUGAAGCAAACACCAAAGAGAUGCCCUUUCAAGUCAACCAGACUGAGAGCAAACCAGUCCAGAUGAUGUUCCAGAAGAAGAAUCUGAACUACAACUCCAUCGGUGAUCUGCAGAUCCUGGAGCUGCCGUAUGAGAAGGAUGAGCUCAGCAUGUUGAUCCUGUUGCCUAAACAGUCCACAGACGGCUCCGACCCUCUGCUGAAGCUGGAGAAGGAGCUGACGCUGGAGAGGCUGAAUGAAUGGACCGACAGGGAAAACAUGUUAGUCCACUCAGACGUCCACGUUCACCUGCCAAAGUUCAAGCUGGAGGAGGACUACGAGCUGAACAAGCCUCUGUCCAAGCUGGGCAUGACGGACGUGUUCUGCGCGUCAAAGGCCGACCUGUCUGGCAUGAACGGCAAAAGAGGACUCGUCCUGUCUAAGGUGGUACACAAGGCCUUCGUGGAGGUGAACGAGGAGGGCACGGAGGCGGCUGCGGCCACACCAGCCGUGGUCACUAAUGGUUGCUGUAUCUUCACAGCAGACCACCCCUUCCUCUUCUUCAUCAGGCACAAUAAAACCAAGUCCAUCCUCUUCCUCGGCAGGCUCUCCUCUCCUCAGUAGACAGAACCAGGAGAGGAAGAUAUUCAAAUAAAGGCUUAAUCCUUUAAAUCUGGUCUUUAUUUUCUGGGAUUCAUGCUAAUUAGCUGGGUUUUUUCUUCUGUUUUUGCAAUGAAAUUAUAGAUGAAGAUAAUAAUUAAUGACGAAUAUUUUUGAUCCAACAAUGAUUUGUAUGUUGAUUUUGGAAAAACAAUUUCUGGAGUUUGUGUUUCACAUGUGAGGAAGCAGCAGGAGAUCGUCCGGGUCAGACUCGUUCACAACAAUAGAAGCUGUCCGAUAUUGAAUAUGGUUAAAAUGAUUCUAUUAAGUAAGAUAUAAAUGUGCAGUAUAUUUCCUGCUGUGACAGAAUUGCGUAACAUAUAAACCAAAGAUAAACCAAAGAAAGAAUAAUGAUGAUGAAGAAGUGAACCAGCAAAGUUUGUAAUCAGAAAGUAUUCAUGCAGUUUAUAGCAGAAUUAAAAACUGAAAAGCAAUAGUAUAAAUUGCACUAAUGCCCACUUCAGAAAAAGGUGGCCCAAAUGUUUCUGUGCUGUUUGUUAUUCACCACUGUGUCACUCUCCAUUGUUUUAUGACCUGAAAAUACAAAUUAAAACAAAGAAGAAGACAAAACAGUCA